AUGCUCGUCAACACGAACCUUCUUGUUUUGCUCGCCUCGGUCGGCUCCGCCAUGGCCCACGGCGCCUCGACCGCCCAGACCCUCAAGUUCACUAAUUCGCGCUCGCCGACUGUCAUCCCGGGUCGCUACAUCAUCGCCGUCGGGGGAUCGAAUACUUUGAACAAACGUGAUUCUGAGGCUGUGAGUGUUCAGCUGCUAUUGUGACCUCUCCACUCCAGCUGGCGAAAACCGAACCCGGCCUUCACUUUCCAACUUGUUGGGACGCCGCUCGACGCGCUCCGACCGAGCCGUCAAGUUGGACGACGAUCUCGCCAAGGCUGAAAGAGCGUGCAGCACUGACUUGGUGGUGCUUCAUUUAUUCCAUUAAAAAAAAGGCAAUCUCCGGUGUUCUUAGCAAAAUUGGUGGCAAUGGUAUCAAUGUCAAGACCAAGAAAGUUUACCACUCCCCUGGCCUGCUCACCGGAGCGAGCAUUGUCGUGCCCGACAACACAACGACCGAAGACCUGCUGGCGAUCCCGGGUGUUACAGUGAGUCGAAGACAGCUUGUUCGAAGGUAGAGGCUUCAACUUCUGUGGGCUGAUAGCAAAGAGUCUUGGCGGUUACUAGCAUGCCUGGCCGGUUCAGAGCAUCCCGAACCCGCACAGCCUCGGUCAUACCUCAUUGCGCAACGUCGAAACCUCGUCAAGUCAGCUUGUUCGACGGGAUAUCCUCGAGCCACGCGCCGCGAAUGACUUCAAGAACGACAAGUUCCCACCGCAUCAGAUGACCGGCGUCGACAAGCUCCAUGCCAAGGGCUACCUCGGCGCCGGCGCCAGGGUCCUCGUCCUUGACACGGGGGUGGACUACAAGAACCCGAUUCUCGGCGGUUGCUUCGGCAAAGGCUGCAAAGUCGGCUUUGGCUACUCUUUUAUCGACGAUAGCGGUACACCGGUCAACGAGCCCGACCCAUACACCAAUUGCACCGAACACGGCACGCAUGGUAAGUCGGCCGCUUGUUUCGGUGGGGUUACGAGUUCCUGAGCCACACUCCUGGGCCCCUAUCGCAUGCGCUAAUACUUACAAUCGAUCUACGCACCAACAGUCAUGGGCACUAUCGGGGCCAACCCCAACAAGUAUGGCUUCACGGGCGUUGCACCAAAGGCCACGUUGGGUAUGUACCGUGUCUUUGGCUGCGCGAGCGCCACCACCGACGAUAUCAUCGUCGAGGCUCUGCUGCGUGCUCCCCAAGACAAGCCCGAUAUCAUCAGCAUGAGUCUCGGCGGGCCCAACAGCUGGUCCAACUCGGGGGCCCAAGAGUACGUGGUCAACAAGCUCAUCGCCAAAGGGAUCCAUGUCGUAGCCGCAGCGGGUAACGAACAGAUCGAGGGGAUGUUUUUUGCUUCUCAACCUGCGGGCACGCGGACGGCCAUGAUAAUCGCCUCGGUCGAUGUGACCUACUUUCCGGCGUACAGCAUGGUCUUCAAGACGGGCGGGCACGCGUCGUUGACCGCUUACAGCGCUAAGCCGCUUGGACUCGACAAGGGCCUCGCGGUCUACUUUACCUCUACCGAUCUCCAGGUCACCGAUGACGCUUGCAACAAGUUGCCUAAAUCAACACCCGACCUCAAGAAUCGCGUCGUAUUCAUCAGGCGAGGAACCUGCCAACUCGCUCUCAAGGUUUCCAACGCCGGCGCCAAGGGCGCGCGCUACAUCGUGCUCUACGGAGCGCCAGGCCAAGAACGACGACCCUACUUCUCCGUCAGCGAUCUCGCCAAAGGCACGAAUGUGGUCGGUAUCGCCGGCAUGAGUGCUGCCGAUGCCGCCAAAGUGCGCAAGUACUACCUCGCUCAGAAGGAGGGACCCAAGGUCGCGUUCCCGAGCAACAGCAAGCAGCUGCGCAUCCAGCAGACACUUUCCGGCGGUCAGGUCAGCGACUUCAGUCAGUUUGGUCCCACAAACGAUAUGUACGGUCAGCCUAGCUUUGGGGCUCCCGGUGACAACGUGCUCUCGACCUUCCCUCUUGCUAUGGGCGGUGUCGGUGUCAUCAGUGGUACCUCAAUGGCCACGCCCUACACUGCGGGCUCUAUUGCGUUGAUCUUGGCCGCUCGCAGGAAGGACAAGUUCACCCCUGUCGAGAUGCGCCAGCUCCUUUCCUCGACGGCCAAGUCGAUCCCCGUCAGUCGCAACACCAAGGCUCCCCUGACCUCGACGGUCCUCCAAGGUGCUGGUUUGAUCCAGGUCAACAAGGCCAUGACGGCCAAGUCGUACUUUAGCCCCAAUGAGUUGUAUCUCAACGACACGGCUCACUUCGCCGCCACGCAGACGGUGACGAUUACGAACAAGAACUCGAAAGCGAUGACGUACCGCUACUCCGAUACGGGUGCUCAACCUCGUCUGGUGUACGACAAGAAGGGACAGUACAACCCCUCGCUCAGCCCUAGUACCUUGUCGAGGGGUGCGUCGGUGACCUUCCGCCCCGGACGAGUCACGAUCCAGCCCGGCAAGACAUCGACGUUCCAGAUCAAGUUCCAACCGCCGCAGUUCUCUGCCGGUCAACGCGCGCUCUUCCCCGUCUACAGCGGUUUUAUCAUGGUCACGGCCGACAACAAGGAGUCGUUCCAAAUCCCUUACUUUGGUUUGGCGGGUAACAUGCGCGACAUGCAGAUCCUCGACCAGACGGAAAAGUUCGCGGGGCAGUACCAACCGGGGCUCAAGUACCCCUUCCUCAUCAACUCCGAGGCCGUGGUCCAGACAAGCCCGAGCAGUGUCGCGACCUACUUUAUGAAGGAUGGUGUCACUCUUGUUUUCCGUCUAUCGCGUAAGUGUCUUGCUCCGUUCAGCCCUCCCUCCAAGGGGCAUACCUAACAAUUUCUCUGUCCCCAUUUGCAUCCGACAGAGGCGACUCGAGCGUAUACCAUCGACCUCAUGGCCGCCAACACGACCUUCAAGGGGACGAUCUCUACCGCCAACAAUGCUGGCGUACUCACGCGUCGGUCCGAUGAAGAAUUUGGCCUCGAUUCCCUCGAUGCCGAAGCUUUGGCCGGCGCGCACCUCUUCUCGCGAAAAGAGAACACGAAGUAUGCCUCAAUCUCGACACUCGGCUUCGUCAAGGGUGGUAUCAACAUCCCUAGGGAUCCCGCUGUCACCAGUGGUGGCAAUUUCCCCUUCGGUGAUCAACAGAUCACUUUCACGGGGCGCUACCAGACCUCGGCCACCUCCGGCCGCUACGUCACCGCCGCGACGCAGACUGCUUACCGCCUGCUUCUUCGGUCAGUCCUCCUUAACAAUGACGACUCAGUUUCCACCUUAACCUCACUAAAGCUAAAUCGUGUAUUUCCCUUCUUUACAGUGUCGUGAGGACCACAGCCGACCCGGCCGACGAGUCGAGUUGGGAAAGUUGGUUGAGCCCUCCGUUCCAAUUCGCAUGA